AAUAUGUGAGGCCCUUGAAAAACGCGACUACAGAUGACGUCCUGGUGUCUGUGAAAGAACCUAUUCAUCGGACGAGCGACGAGAGAAACAAUGUUUGGCCGGGGGCGGGUGGCAACUCUGUUGACGCCAACUUUCUUGUUGCGCAGAUUCUCUACAUUCAUUAACACAGCAAAAACUCACCUAAAAAGUCCGAUUGGAUUCUCACUUCCCAGCAAUUACAAGAAAAUUCCCAUUUUAUUACCUCACAGAACGAUGCCUUCAGCCCAAGGUCAAGACUUGGACUUCGUGAAUAUAGCCUACAGUCAUUUGAUCCAUUCUGAGUGGGAUAAACUCAACAAAUUAGCCUCUGGUUUAACGCCGUUUCGAAUUAAGCACAUAUUGCUGAAAACCCGAAAAGAUUACGUGCUUUGCCUUGAAUUUUUCAAGUGGGUUGAGGCCAAGAAUUCUGAAUUGAACACCCUUGAUGUAAAUUCUAUGAUUCUUCACAUUUUGACUAAGAAUCGUAAGUUUAAAUCAGCGGAGUCGAUUCUAUGGAGAAUUCUUGAAAAAGGCUUGUCGGAGUUCGAUUUUCCCCGCAAGGUUUUUGAGGCUUUGGUUUACUCUUAUAGAAUGUGUGAAUCGUCGCCACGUGUUUUUGAUGUGUUAUUCAAGACGUAUGCGCAUAUGAAGAAGCUUAGGAAUGCUUCUGAUUCAUUCUGUUGGAUGAGGGAGUAUGGAUUUUAUCCUACAGUGGAGUCUUGUAAUGCGUAUUUGAGUACAUUGAAUGGUUUGAAUCGGUGGGAUAUCGCAUUGGCGUUUUAUAAGGAAAUGUUGCGUUGUCGGAUUUCCCCUAAUGUCUAUACAAUCAAUAUGGUUAUUGGGGCUUAUUGUAAAGCGGGGAAACUGGAAAUGGCGGUUGAGGUGUUUAGGGAAAUGGAGAAAAUGGGAUUGGACCGUAAUGCUGUAUCAUACAAUACUUUGAUUGCUGGAUAUUGUAGUAAGGGUCUCUUGAGCAGUGGUUUGAGGCUUAAGAAUGUGAUGGAAAAGAAUGGAAUUCGGCCAAAUGAUGCUACUUAUAACACGCUUAUAAAUGCGUUAUGCAAAGAGGGAAAAUUACAUGAAGCGAACAAGCUUUUCAGAGAAAUGAAACGCAUGGAUGUGGCCCCUACUACUGUAACUUACAACACAUUGAUCAACGGUUAUAGUGAAGCUGGAAAUAGUGAGAUGGGGAUCCGUCUAUUUGAGGAAAUGUCGGUGUCUGGUGUCAAGGCUGAUAUCUUAACUUAUAAUGCCGUGAUUAUGGGUCUAUGCAAGGAGGGGAAGACGAAGAAAGCUGCUUAUAUGGUGAAAGAACUUGACAGGGAAAAAUUGGUGCCUAAUUCCUCAACCUUUGCUGCUCUUAUUACUGGGCAGUGUGCAAGAAACAAUGCUGAGCGUGCUUUUCAGCUCUACAAAAGUAUGAUACGGAGUGGUUGCCAUCCCAAUGGAACAACUUUGAAGAUGCUAAUAUCUGCAUUCAUUAAAAAUGAAGAUUAUGAUGGAGCAGUUGAGGUCUUGAAAGAGAUGAUGGAGAGAGCUAUAGCUCCUGAUUCAGAUAUAUUAACUCAUCUUUACAAUGGACUUUGCCAGUGUGGUAAAGAGGAAUUCGCUGCGGACUUAUGCAAGGAGCUAGAAUCUCAACGCCUCGUGCCUGAAGGUUUUGUAAAAUCCAUAUGGACCUCUAACCGAGACAUAUGACUUGUGAGGAAAUUGUCAUCCUGGAGUGAAUAGAUGUCUUUGUAUGGUGCAUUAUCUUCUAGUCAUCGAGAAAUGAAGUGCACCAGCAGAGACAACGGUCAUAAGGGCACAGAAUACGUCAGGUGUGUUGAUGCUUCAAAUUUAACUGAACUCUAUAUUCCUUUUCAUUUUUGUGUAUAUACCCAAAUUACAUGUUUUGCUUGCCAAAUAGAAAAGCUUCUAAUGCAUAUUUUUGAAGGAAUUGUUCGCAUUCCGUUUUCAUAAGUCUUCAUCCACUUAGCUCUUAUGAGCUCCAAAAGGCAGUAACAUGACUUCUUGGCUUAUCUCUGAGUUGAAAAGCGCUACUUUUCAUAUAUAUGGCGGGUUCUGGAUAUCAGGCCAAUCUGUCAUCUUUGACUUUCUGUUCGAUUGUCGCAUUCUAAAGAUAAAGUGUUAGUUUUCUUAAGCAUUUUAAUGUGGAAGCCUGUGCUUUCUUAGCUAAAGGCUAGUGAACGUUUUUCUCCGUGAACAAAUCAAGUUCACUGAGAUGAUUUUGCCUUUGGAACUUGAUUUUCUUUUGGAACCUGCUGUUUCGAUCUUAUUUUCCUACUUAGAAUUUUCUGAGUGUUGGAAGAUAGCAGGUGUAGUUAUUGGCAUUCUUAACUGAUCAAUUGUUAAGGACAAAUCGCUAUUGGGCCCCGAGACCGAUUGACGGAGUCACGGAGAUGGACUUGGGAGCCAAACCUACUUCAGCUGAGGCCCCAAAGACUAAACCAAAUGGACUAGAAGUUAUAAAUGGGCCACCUGGCCCAAUCCGGAGGAAGUUCAACCGCGUUACUAGCAGGUCCAACUGGCUUAGAGACUUCUACUAAUUAGAAAAUAAGAAAGUACUGAAUCCGUUAGAGGGGAAAGAAAUGAUGUAGACACUUGUCAUCUUAUCUGUUGCUAUGCUUUUGUAUUUAGUAUUUUAGUGGAGCAA